GUACUGUACCGUGUACUCGUUGACAUAAAGUUAGCUCUUAAUACGGGCAGAGUGUGAGCGCCGUCCUGUGCUAACCUGACAGAAAGUUUAUGUCGGAAAGUCUCGGUGGAGAGCAGCGCUGGAGCCCGGAAGCAGGGCGGGACCUCGGCUCUUUAUAAACAUGGCCGUCAAGUCCUUCGCAGCGUCAGGUACUGCGUUGGCUGAAUAGUUGGACUUUAAGGAAGUAACUGGCGGGGAACUUAUGCAGUAACAGGUGUAAAGAAAAUGUAGGCCAUUAGGUGACGCAUUAAUCUAUUCUAGCGGUCAUAUAUCUGCGUGGAAGCGAUACUGACAAACUUCAUUUAGUAGUUUGCGCUAGCUAGCUAAACGAGCUAACGCCGCCGUCUGAACGGUAACUUCUGUCAACUUUUUCCAGUCAGCCAGAAACUGUCUGCUUAUCGGCAUGGAGGAGUGUCGUCGUUCACCCAGAAGGGCUCGAUGAAUAUUUCACACACGGACGGCUUGGAAUAAGUCAGCGACGGGCUGAGCAAAACUUUCCUGGAUUUAUUUGUUUCCAUUGCUGGCAGGACCAAAGCACUUCUUCAUUUUCUGUUUGAAGACAAGUAACACUGCGGAAAUAAACAAUGUUUUCUGGCAAGCCCAUGAAACCAACCUUCAAGUGUUAUCUUCCUCCUGCGCAGAAUGACGUGAAGAACAAUAUUGAACCACCUGUUAAGUUGGAGCCCAAGUUCCUUCCAGGAGAGAUAAUCGUAAAUGAGGUGAAUUUUGUGAGAAAAUGCAUUGUCGGCACCGACAGCAGCCAGAGUGACCUCUGGGGGAGGUUGAUAUGCACCAACUUUAAGGUUUCUUUUAUUCCUCAAGAACCCCCGCCUAAGCAGAAAUCCCAGUUGUCCCACCUCCUACUUGGACAACAAGACAUCUCUCUCACCUGCCUUGAUCAAGUAGUAACAGUUAAUGAUACAAGGGGGAAGAAGAAAGUGUUGGGCUCCAACCAAAAGCUGAAGUUCAACCCAAUGGAGCUUAUUCUGUACUGCAAAGACCUGCGUGUAAUACGCUUCUGCUUUGACGAGGCCGGGCCUGAGAGUGCCAAAAAGGUCUGCCUUGCUAUUGCCCAUUAUUCACAUCCAGCUGAUCUUCACUUGCUGUUUGGCUUUGAGUAUCAAGGACUAAGAUAUCAUCAAUCUAAAGGGGACCUAGUCAAUGGCUCCAACCCAAAUGGAGGAAUACAGACGCCAAUGUUUGACCGCCCCUCUGACUGGGAUCGAGAGAUUAAGAGAACCGGGGCUUCGGAGUGGCGGGUUUGCUCCAUCAAUGAGAAAUAUGUCGUCUCUGAAAGUCUUCCAGAGUAUGUUGUGGUCCCAGUUUCUUUGACAGAUCAGGAACUAAAACAAUUAUCACCAUUGUUUAAUGAUGGCCGAGUCCCUCUGUGGUGCUGGAAUCACAGGAAUGGGAGCGCUCUUGUCCGCAUGGCGGGCCAAACAGAACCGCUGGCUCAGAGGAAAACUGAACUGAAGAUCUUCACGGCGAUCACUCGAAGCCAUCCGCAGCGCCGAGAAGUAACCUUUACAGAUCUGGACAGGAAUCUUCCCAACAUCCAGGAGAUCCAGGGUGCCUUCGUUAAAGCCAGACAGAUCUGCACUUUAGAUCCUUUUGAGGAAUCAGAGGAGAGAUGGCUUUCAUCCAUGGAAAAUUCACGAUGGCUGGAGUAUGUCAGGAUGUUUUUAAAAGUCUCAGCUGAGACGGUCUACAACUUGGAUGGGAAGAACGUCUCCGUCGUCCUUCUUGAGGAAGAAGACAGAGACCUGAACUGUGUGGUGUCCUCCUUGGUGCAGCUCAUGUUGGACCCUCACUAUCGCAGCCUGAAUGGGUUUCAGAGUUUGGUACAGAAGGAGUGGGUGAUGGCCGGCCAUCGCUUCCUGGACAGAUGCAACCAUCUGAAGAAGAACGACAAUAAGGAGUCUCCGUUGUUCACCUUGUUCCUGGACUGCGUGUGGCAGCUGACCAAUCAGUACCCGGCAGCAUUCGAGUUCACAGAGGCCUACCUGACGGUCCUCAGUGACAGCAUGUGGAUCCCGCUCUUCAGUACUUUCCUCUUCAAUUCUUCUAAACAGUGUACUCAGCUCUUACAGGACUUUGCGAAGAGCAAAGCCAUCCCUCCAGGGGAAACCCACACGGCGAUCUUCCCUCCUGUGUGGAAGUGGUCACAGCAGUUCUCCGCCAGGGAUCAAACCCUCUUUAAUAACCCCAUGUAUGUUGGGAAAGGAGCUGCCUGUGUUCAGAACGGAGAGGUGAAAACCUUCCAACGCACAAAGAAAGCUUUCAGUUCUACGGUGCGAAUAUCGAGCACGUCGCAGCGUAACGGCGUAAAGGGCGAUGAGGAGACGCUGCAGCGGCGGGGCUCUCUGGGGCUGAAGGCCGAAUUCUCUCCAGUGAAAGACGAAAGUCCGUCGGAGCGGUUCUUCAGGGACUGGUUUUCUCGCCCUGCAGACCAGCAGGGAGUCCUGAUCCCCUACGUCCUGCCCUCACACGUGGUUCUCUGGAAGUUGUUCUUCCUACGCUGGGUUCCCGAAGCCUGCAUCCCACACGGAGGCCCCGCCACCGUCUACCACAAGGUCUCCCAACUGGUUGAUGAAAUCGAGACGCUGCAGAACAAGCUCAGGCAGUACAAAGGGCCCAGUCCACACAGCACCCCCGGCCCGAGACCGGGCGGACCCCCUUCCGACCAGCGGAGGAUGUAUUUCAAGGCCAGUUCUCCAGAUGACCCCCCAACUUCACCCAACGUCCUUAACUCGUCUUUUCCCUUCAACCCUGUGGGAAACCUGUGCCGGCGAGGCGUUCCAGGGACUCCGAUUAGCAAAUUUCUGAAUGGAGCGAAGACCUGGCUCUCUACAGAGACUCUCGCUAACGACACUUUCUAAUGGAUUUUUGUAACAACAGAUCACAUUACUUUCCAUGACCUUUUACUAAACUGUCCAUACGUGUGCUGCUGACAAGUUAAAAAUAACCCUCAAGUGUUUGUAAAUUUACUGACCUACAUUCACUAGAAUUUGCACCAUUGCUGCUGCUUUAAAGAUGAGGUUAUUCCUAAUUUGUUUGGGGAUUAAAUCAUUGACUCUUGUAGGAAUAAAUUAGGAUCCUUUUAGAUGCAUCCUUCUUAUUGGCCAGUACUUUUUCUGCAAAGUCUGUGGGGAAAAAAAACAAACAUCUGUAUAAUAUGCAUAGGUUUAUCUUGAGCCUUUUAGUCUAGCAAACAUAAAUGUACUUUCUCAUAUCCUUCUCUGCCAUAACUGACUAAAAAGGACAUUUUGAGAUUUUACUUCAUGGUACACCUUUACUACAGAAUUUAAAGUUCCUCCUCCAGGCCUUGCAUAUAAUUUGCUGUGGGUUUUUAAAGCUAAGACAUACUAAAGUAGAACUGUAACUCUGCUUUUCUUAGUAGAACAGAUGUGUGAAGUGAGAGAAUACUCAUUUUUAAUGCAGCAGCAGUGAUGCAAUUCUCUGAUCAUAGAUGCUAAUGUUCCUGCCUGUUUUAAUUUAUUAAAGACAUAAAAAAAUCUGUCACAGUUGACAAGAAAUCAGCCCAGUGGUUAAAACAGAAACUAUUUAAAUGUAAUGGGAUCUUGAAGCAGUUUGCAGUAAAGAUUUUAGUAGAUCUUUUGCAACAAGUGGUGUGGGAUCAGGGCCUGACUUUGAACAUGCUCAGACGUUGUUGUUCUACGUUGUGAGAAUGAAAGUCUGUGGUAGAUAUUUCCUCUUCUGCUUUGCAGGGGGUCCACUAAGCUGUUUUUUUUAGAUGCCUUCUGGUAAAGGCACUGAGGGGAAACCCAGUGAGGGCAGCUGAACGAGUGAACAAAUGAUGGAAAAGGGACAAGUUCUUUUAGUCGGAUCAGUUUCUGGUUUAAUAAACUGGGUAAAGUCGCAGAUCCAUUGAUGAUGGCAUUUUCAAGGUUUCUCAUUGACAUGAUCUGAGCUAACAUAUCUUAAUGAAAUAUGUAAGUUUCCUCCAGAAUUUGACAUUCCCAGCACGCGACAUUCAUUGUGCAACUACAGCAAAAGUCAAAAAGAGCUAAAUGCUCGUUUAGUUCAACAGAAAAUAUAUUCCUGAACAUGCUUUGAUCAUUAUCUGUAAAACAAUUGAAAACCAGAAACAAAAGGUCAUUCUAUUCUCACAAAUGAUAAAACACACAUUCUGUGAUUUCCUUCUUGCUUUAGACUGUGUACUCUUAACAUCAUUUCUCUUUAUUAGCAGCGGAUCAUCGACACUUUGGAGACUCGCCUGUAGAAAUAAAUAGUUUAGUCUUUAUAAGAAACCAGCACUGUCUAAAAUGUCAAAGGAAAUGGUAUUUAUUGCAAACCACUUACCACCUUUUUAUUUUCUUCCAAAAGUGCAUUAAAUGCUGCAUUGCUAGAUUAACUGACGACAUGCAGCAAUCUCCUCAUUCUUCAGCAAUAACUAGUUCAGGUGUUUCCUAUAAUGUUUUAUGUAAGUGCAAACCUGCUCUCCCAAAUGCAAUUGUUGCACUUUUUUCCCCUCCCCAGAAUAUAGAAUGGAGCAUUAUAAGGCAACUAUUGAAUAUAAUUUUGGCAAAUAUUAUAAAUGCUGUAUAUUUGAAAUGUUUCUGUUCAUUCUGAUUAAUGGUACUAAAUAACUCUUUAUUCUUGAUUUAGUCUAUAUAUUUUAAGGAGAUGUAUUUAUAUGCAGUUUUUCCACUAAUUUACAUUGUUGCACUCUGCUGUAAUCGUAUGAUGAAGCGACGCCUCUGGCGUCGUUUCAGACGGAUGAUCAGCAGAUCAUCCAUCAGCAGAAAGAUGGAUUUAUUCACUUAUGCAAAUGUUCUCAAACAGGGACACAGUUACUUAUGCACACCCUUUGUGCCUUUUAUGAGGAAGAUUGACUGUUCUUUGUAACUAUAUUCUUAAUCUGUUGAGCUAAUUUUGUUUCUAAUACUUGUGACUUAGCAGAGCUGUAAAUGUACUAGAGUUCAGGGGGUUUGCACUGAAGCUGUUUUUGCUAACAAAACAUGUAGCUCAAUUAUGUAUACCAGCAGCAAAUAAUUAUACUAGUUUUCAAAUGGAA